CGUCAUUUUCCGCAGAGACAGCUGAUGCACCGAGUCUUCCUCCUCCCGAGCCGCUCUUGAAUUCAUGUUGAUCUCCAAACAGUCAGCAGUCAUUUUAGUUCAAUAACGACAGACAGUAUGUUGCACAGGGACAGAAUACCGCUGCUGGUGAUUUUCCUUCAGGCUGCGCUCGUCGUGUCGUGGUGUUUCACUGACAUGGAAACGGGGCCUGGCGCAGGUGUAUCGACACAGCCGAACGGAGAUCGCUUCAAAAUCGAGGGAAGAGCGAUAGUUCCGGGGGUUAAGACACAAGAUUGGGUAUCCACAGCAAGAGUCCUGGUAGAGGGUGAAGAAUAUGUGGGAUUUCUGAGAACUGAUGGGAGUUUUGCUGUGAAUGAUGUCCCUUCAGGAUCUUACGUUGUGGAGGUUGUUACACCCACCUAUAGAUUCGAACCAGUGCGUGUUGAUAUCACAUCCAAGGGUAAAAUGAGGGCGCGUCUUGUGAACUACAUCAAGACGUCAGAGGUAAUUCGCCAACCAUACCCUCUCCAAGUUAGGGCUAGCGGCCCUCACAGCUACUUCAUGAAGAGAGAAACCUGGGGCUGGACAGACUUCCUUAUGAACCCAAUGGUUAUGAUGAUGGUUCUGCCCCUGCUGAUCAUUGUUCUGCUGCCCAAGGUGGUCAACACCAAUGACCCAGAGAUGAGAAAGGAAAUGGAGCAGUCGAUGAACAUGCUGAAUCCCAACCCUGAGCUUCCAGAUGUCUCUGAGCUCAUGACCAAGCUCUUCUCCGGCUCCAAGGGCUCCAGCAAGGCAGGCAGCAGCAGCAAGGGCACCAGGCCGGCUGCCAAGAGGAGGUAGUACCGCACACGUCUCCCAAAAUCCGCCUACAGAAGCUGCCAUGGAAGCAAGAUUUUUAAAUGUCUUUUUUUUUUUUUUUCUUCUGGGUUUAUUGUACAGAUUUCUUUAUUAAUAGAUGUUUUGAGCACAUCUUGAUUUCUAAAAAGAUAUUGGAAACUGAGCAAAAAUACGUUUCUUUCCUUCUUUUUUUUUUUUUUCAUACUGCACUGAUAGAAAAUUCUGCAAAAGCUGUUCUUCAUUUGCUCUAUACUUUGUACAUGUGACUGUACUACUCAUCAAUCUUUUCUGUGCUAACCCUCCAUUGUGCAUUUAUCUACCGCUGCUAAUUCCACUACCUGAAAGAGAGCAUAUAUGCAUAUUCAGAGAUUUUCUUGGUUUCGUUUGUAUUUUUUUCGGUUUCGGUAAUACGACUGUGAAUGAAGAUAAAUUGAAUUUUAAGAUUGAUAAAUUCUUAUUUAAAAGCCUAGAUAAAUAAAUUGCAAUGGUAUAUGACAACUGUGUUUUUAUUUCAAUCCAUCUUUUUUGAGAGUGAACACAUGACCUUCUCAUUUUUUGACUUACUGUGGGGAACUGUCUGGCUAGAAUUCACAUAACUGUAAAUGAUGUGCCUGAGGUGUACACAUUCGUUUGAUAACCACUGGAAGUUCAAAGAGUGAAAGAGAUGUGUGGCUGCUUUCACAGUCUCUACAUAGUGUAACUGGCUUUACUUUUAAUAAAGCGGGCCGUAGAGUCCAUAUUAAAGUCAUUAUAAAA